AAAGAGCCCCUGGGAGUCUCCGGCUGCGCGGCCUGAACUCCGGGCCUACAGAGAGGGACCCCGCUAUACUGCUCCCAGUCCGGGCCUAGAGAGAGGGACCCCGCUAUACCGCUCCCAGUCCGGGCCUAGAGAGAGGGACCCCGCUAUACCGCUCCCAGUCCGGGCCUAGAGAGAGGGAUCCCGCUAUACCGCUCCCAGUCCGGGCCUAAAGAGAGGGACCCCGCUAUACCGCUCCCAGUCCUGGCCUUGAGAGAGGGACCCCGCUAUACCGCUCCCAGUCCGGGCCUAGAGAGAGGGACCCCGCUAUACCGCUCCCAGUCCGGGCCUAAAGAGAGGGACCCCGCUAUACCGCUCCCAGUCCGGGCCUAGAGAGAGGGAUCCCAGUCCGGGCCUAGAGAGAGGGACCCCGCUAUACCGCUCCCAGUCCGGGCCUAGAGAGAGCGACCCCGCUAUACGUGAGGGCCUCAUUCCAGAUACCGGAGUCUUUUCGGGCAGCAAUCCUACCUCUUCCCAGCCUGCUCUGGCCGACAUGCAGCUACCGUGAGCCUCUGAAUGAUCUAUCAAAAUGACAGAGUACAAGCUUGUGGUAGUUGGUGCUGGAGGCGUUGGCAAGAGUGCUCUAACAAUCCAGCUGAUUCAGAACCACUUUGUGGAUGAAUACGACCCUACGAUUGAGGACUCUUACAGAAAGCAAGUAGUCAUCGAUGGGGAGACUUGCCUCCUGGAUAUCCUGGACACUGCAGGUCAAGAGGAGUACAGUGCUAUGAGAGAUCAAUAUAUGCGAACAGGAGAGGGGUUCCUGUGUGUAUUUGCUAUCAAUAAUACAAAAUCAUUUGAAGACAUUCACAAUUAUAGAGAACAAAUAAAAAGGGUUAAAGAUUCUGAAGAUGUGCCCAUGGUUCUCGUAGGCAAUAAGUGUGACUUACCGUCUAGAACCGUAGAUACAAAACAAGCGCAGGAUCUGGCACGAAGCUAUGGAAUUCCAUUCAUUGAGACAUCGGCAAAGACAAGACAGGGUGUGGAUGAUGCUUUCUAUACGUUAGUACGAGAAAUUCGAAAGCACAAGGAGAAGAUGAGCAAAGACGGCAAAAAGAAAAAGAAGAAAUCCAAGACAAAGUGUACAAUUCUGUGACCGGCACAUGUCCUGUCUGCCUGCACCCACCCACCCAUCCCGAAGCAUGCAGAAACCUGAUUCUGUUCCGUACACUAAAUUAUUAGCGUUUUGCUUCUCUUUAUUUUGAGACCUGUGGCUUCUGCUUGGAGAAAACACUUUAUCUGACAGUUGAAAGCAAUCAUUUUAAUUUUUGUGCCAGUAUUUAAUUUUCUGACUGCAGGCCUUGUGAAAAGCUAAAGUAACUAGCAAUGUGAAGGCCGGGUCUUACUGCUGCCAACGGCAUUGUAUCUGUUCAUCACAUGGUCUACAAGUGUCCUGGUUUCAUUGUCAUCUGUUAUAGGUUGCUUCCUCUGUUUAGCUAAACCAUGUGCUGCUGUCAGUGGUGUCAUCUUCACGUCUGGCUAUGCUCCUCACAAUUUCUAACAGGACAGUUUGUUAACUAGAGGGGGCCUCCCUCCCCCCUGAUAUGCCUCUUCCAGUGGGCAUGCAAUACACACUACAUCUGCUUUCCAUCGUCCUAUCGCUUCUUCCUUCGUCCCUCACUGAUCUGUAAAGUGAACCCAUUCCCACAAUGUGAUAAUGGCAAUGGUGCUACUUUGACUUGCUGCAUGGAUCUUUAACAUCUCUUGUUUUGCAGAAAUACACACUUAUUUAUUUUUCUUUCCCUGCUUUAAUGCCUUUUAGAUGUAAAGAUGCUAAAUUGCACUACUUAUCGUGUCUUGCAGUAGUUUAAUAACUAAGUGACUUUGCUAACAGUCUGGCCUUUUUAUAGCUCUUGCUUAAGGAUAUAUCCCCUACCAGCACUUUGCCAAAAGCUGAUUGUUGGCGACUGUCUUCAAUCCUCUACAGCCUCUCUAGGAAACCAAUCCUGUGACUGGGACAGACUGCAGUCAGUACUUUAGUUCCUAAAGGCCAGUUUCACACGUGUGGGUCUACAUCCACAUUUAACUGAAAAUAUUUCACUCUAAAGGGGUUAACUGGGCCACUAUAAUACCCCUCCAGUAUGUUUCAAUGUAGCUCUGAUCCAGUAAUUAUGGCCAGAGUUGGUACAUUUAGCAUGAUGAAAACAGAGCUGCAGGAAGCCUGAUCUGAUCUACUCCACACAGAGCGAUGUGUCUGGCUCCAGCUCUCUGUAUAUGGUUAUUUUGUGUCCAGGAUUUGUUCCAUUUGAGGUAUUUUCAUGGAGCUUUUGCAGUGGUUGUAAUUUUAUGGCAAUAUAUUUUCUGUGGCAUCCUACCUCAAAAUAAGUGCAGCUCAGAUGGAAACAAACUAUUUUAUACUAUCCGUAUUGCUAACAUAAUUCUCUUAGGGCAGGGAGCUAGCAAUCUAUUGUGUCUUCCAGAGACGCUCCAGUGCAUUGUAUUUGCCUGAAAUUGAUGACUAGAUGCACGGUAAUAAAUAAAAGCAGCUGUAGCCGGAGUAACAAACUAUUUCAGAACCCUUAAUUAAGAUGUACAGGUUUGCUUUCAUUAAAUCAUCACAGGAUUAAAGGGGGUUACAGUAUCAUCACUUUUCCAGUACUCGCCAUAAUUAAAUGAGAGAACUUUGUAAUUUGCUAUCUUACCAAAAUCUUCUUUAACCUGCAUCAGACAUCAGCAGUACUGGAAUAACUCCAUCUUCCCAAGACAUCGGCUUCCUCCACAGUUGUGGGUUUAACCAUAUUUAUUAUACAGAGACUUGCUUUUAAUGCAUUUUAUUGAAGGGCAAGUUUUGUUUAACCAAAAAAAACAACAACAAAGUUUGGCUUCUAUGUCCAGCCCUGGUAUUCUAUUAAGCAGUUGAUGGAUAUUCACACACUCUAAAAACUGGCAUUGUGCGCCUCUCAGGGGUGUCCCACCUCAGUCACCCAACAACAUAAAGGGACACUCCCCCUGCCCAAAUCAAUAAAUAUAACCAAUGAAAACAAGCACGCAUGCAUUUAAUUGAAGUAGCAGGACUGGUUGUCUGACAGCCAGGGGUGUGUAACAAGGUUUAUAUAUAAAACUUGAAAUAUGCUCCUUUCAAAUAAUGAGUAAUUAACCAUCUAUUGAUCGGACACCCCUCUGAUCUCACUAGUGCCUUGGAGCACGCUUUGCCAUCUCCAGUGACGUGGGGGUUAAAGCAUUGUUUCAUUAUAUGUGAAGCCCAGCUGUGGAUUUAAUUUUUUUUUGUGUGUGUGUGUGAGCUUUCUAUAACCACCACCCUCUGGGUAAUGGCUGCUGCUGUGCACAUUUUGUUAAUGUGGCAUUAAAAGGAGUGUACCUACGGAUAAAUACAGUCUACAUUACUUGAAUAUGAAUAAGUUCACCUAGCUGCAAUUCCAGUCUGAAGCCUGGCUCUGAUCGGCACGGCCAUUUAAUGUAGCACGCCAACAUUUUUAAUUACCCUGGGAUUUGGCAAUAAAUAAGCACAUUCUGUGAAAUCGCUGAAAGCAACAGUCCUCAUGCUUUGCCAUAACCUCGUCUUGUAUUUAGAUUGCUCUCCCCUUACCGCACACGUAAUAUUGUCUUACUAUAUUGCUCUUGACUUUGGUGAGGUGGGAGCUCCACUGGUUUAAGGUGCAGUACUCUUCCUCCACCCAAGAUAAAAGUAACAUGUUUACCUGGAAUGUAUUGUAACUAUUUUUGUAUAGAAACAUGCACAUUUUGUACAUUGUGCUUUAUUUUUAAUCUGUUUGAUACAUGCCGAUUGUGAUGACCACAUUAUGGUCACUGACACAAUUAACUACAAAUUAAAAUGACCACUGAAUUCCAUGUUUCAUAUUUUAUAGGAGUAUGUUCUGUGUGAGUAGUCAAUUGUUUUUUUUUUUUUGGGGUCUGUAAUGCUCCUAUUUAUUGUAAUGUAAUAAAUGAGUUCUGGUGAGUUUGCUGGUGUGUUCUUUGAUGGA